UUCAGUGGAGGGUUGUGAUGGUGUUGCCCCUGACACCCUUAAACACCUCUAUUCACUUCCCCAGAUUGGUUCUAGUACACCACUCUUUAGCGGCGUGCGGGAUCUAUUCAAAAGUGCCGACGCGCAUAGAUAUGCACACCCUUUGCACACACCAAGGAUGGACGGGGUGCGCGAUAUGUAUUUGCGUGAAGGUACACACGUGACAGAUACACCUACUUUCGAAGGCCUACGUGAUAUGAUGGAGACCCCAGCAGGAUAUCACAAGUCCGAUCAGGAAGAGGACAGUGGUACUCAUAGCGAAGAAGACACUGAUGUAAACGAGGUUUCGGUGAGGGCAGCAGCUGAUGCAGGAAGAACGACACGUUCUGGUGCUUCGGCCAAACCCCGCGAUAAGGGUGAUAUGUCCCGACCCACCACUACACGUGUGGUCAAUGUGAUAGCUGAUACUGUGGUGCCGAACUCAGACCAAGAACAACGUCAGCCUGGCCAAUUGGAAGUAUUGAAAGAUCGAUCUACACAGGCUUCUACUGGCAUCACUGCGGAAGUGGAAGAGGUUUCUGGAACCAUGGCACAAUCGACUGCGAGAGAAGGACAAAUUCCUCGUGCAAAGCCUAGGUUGCUUAGGGGUCGUAAGCAGGU